AUGGUUCCACCUCCACCCGAAUCAAAUGAAACUUCAAAAGAAUCGGAAACGGUUCCUUCUAAACCUUCGACUGAACCUAUAAUUGUUCAAAACGGAGUUGAAAUAUAUAAUAGCGGUCCAACUUACACGCCAAUACAAACAAAACCUGUAGAUCCUCCUCAAAAGGCUAAACCUACUCCGCAAGAAGAGAAGCCGGAAGAGGAUGACCUUAGUAUUCCAGUUACUCCUGGAGCAGUUUGUAAAAGGUCGGGUUGUAAUAUUCCUUAUGUAGAUGAUGCAACUAGUCGUAAUGAAGGGCCUCAAGCAGAAUGUGUUUAUCAUUCUGGUACACCGAUCUUUCAUGAAGGUAGCAAAGGUAAAUAUGAGUUUGAAUUUAGUGUUUGGUCUAUACUUUAUUGGUUCGACUUUUUCUUAAUUACCAUAUUUUUAGGUUGGAGUUGUUGCUCACGCAAGGUAUUGGAAUUUGAGGAAUUCUUAAAGAUUAAAGGUUGUAAAAAGGGUAAACAUUUAUUUGUCGGAUCUAGUAAAAAGGAGAAAAUCGAUAAAGAACAUUCUACCAUCAGUUUUAAAGAAAAAGAGACUUUGGCAACGCCACGACAUUUGGAGUUCAAGGAGGGAAUGCCACAGUCGGUGGAAAAGAAUACACCAUUGCAAAAGACUCCCCAUUAUACGCAAAUCAAUAAAAAUCAUUAUUUAAAUCGAGAAUUAAAUAAAUUUGCAAUUACAAUUCGUCACAAAUCUCGUUCUUAUCGUGAAUAUUUGGAGAAACGAUCAAAACGUAUUGCUCAAAUGGCUAAUGAUCCUUUAGUUUGGAUAGAUUGUGAAAUGACUGGACUUGAUGUAGAGAAUGAUCAUAUUAUUGAAAUCGCCGUCCUGAUAACUGAUGGGAAAUUGAAUGUCUUAGCAGAGGGACCAGUUCUUGUAAUUAAUCAAUCACAAGAAACGAUGGAUAAAAUGAAUGAUUGGUGCAAACAACAUCACGGCGAGUCAGGAUUAACGACAGCAGUCUUAUCAUCCACGAUUACCACAUCGGAUGCGUCCACUCAAAUUCUAGAAUUCUUGAAAAAACAUAUUCCCCAAAAAGGAUGCGCACCUUUGGCGGGGAACAGUGUUUAUGCGGACAAAAUGUUUUUGAAAAAGGAAAUGCCCGAAGUGAUUGAUUGGUUACAUUAUAGAAUCAUUGACGUUAGCAGUAUUAAAGAAUUAUGUAGAAGAUGGUAUCCUAGUAUUUUUGAGACGGCACCCAGCAAGAAUACUACUCAUAGGGCAUUGGAUGAUAUCAAAGAAAGUAUUAAUGAAUUAAAGUUUUAUCAAAAACAUAUUUUCAUUGAUGAAA